GGUGAGAAUCAUUUCCUUCUCCCCAGGACUGGCGCUCUGGCUCCAGCAGCAUCCUGUCGCUGUCUUCCUUAUCGCCGUCAGGGCUGCCCAGGUCACACCUCCCAGGACCCAGGCCGCUGGCAUGGGAGCACUGCCGUGGCUGCUCCUCCUCUUGCUGUCCCAGGAAGGUGAGAGAAGGGUACUCUGGAGAUGGUGUGGAUCCGAGGAAGUGGUUGGGAUCCUUCAUGAGUCCAUCAGCCUCCCCCUGGAAAUGCCAUUUAAUGAGGAGGUUGAGAACAUCAUCUGGUCCUCCCACACAAGUCUUGCCAUUGUGGUGCCAGAGAAAGAGGGACGUCCGGCUACCAUCAUGGUGACCAACCCUCGCUAUGCGGGCCGAGUAAACUUUCUGGAGCCCACCUACUCCCUCCAUAUCCAAAAUCUGAGCUGGGAGGACUCGGGAUCUUACCAAGCUCAAGUCAACCUGAGGACGUCCCAGGUCUCCACCAUGCAGCAGUACAAUCUACGCAUCUAUCGACGUCUGUCACAGCCUCACAUGACAGUGAACUUUGAGAUCCCUGGGGAAGAAGGCACCUGUAAUAUGUCCCUGAUAUGCUCUGUAGAGAAUGCGGGCUUGGACGUGACCUACACUUGGAUAUCCUGGGAAGACGGCGCUGAUACAGCCCAUGAAGGCUCCAUCCUCAGAGCGUUCUGGAGGCCUGGGGACAAGGUCGCCUCUUACACCUGCAGGGCCAGCAACCCUGUCAGCAACAUCACUUCCCGUCCCAUCCAAGCUGGGUCCUUCUGUGCAGAUCCUGGCGACCCUUUGGAGAAGGCCUCUACUUCCUUUUGUCUUCUGGCCAAGGGACUGCUCAUCCCCUUGCUUUUUGGAACACUGGCUGUGGGCUUCUGGUUCAUCCGAGUCCAGACAAGAGGCAAAGUGCCGAGAAUGAAGAAACUCAAGAGAAACAGAAUGAGAUUGAGAAAGAAGGGGCAGCCUGGCCCCAGCCUGAACUGAGGGCCCCUGGGGGACCCCUGUCCUGAGCAUUGCUUCUUCUCAGCCCCAGGGAAACCUUCCUCUCCUCCCCAGGUGCAUCUCUUUCCAGGGGAUCAAGGGGUGGGUAUCUCAAGGGCGUGCUCCAUGCCGCAUGCUUCCCACAACUGCUUUUGGAAAAGAAAGUGAGUCUAAAAGACCUCCUCACAAUGCGGUGUUGGUAUGUUAUUAUUCACGCCUAACCCAUUCCCCACCAACACACAUAACAUUUACACUUCAGUAAGAAUGGGGAGAGAUUCCUUCUAAUCUAAAUGAAGCUGUGACUCCUGAAUGGGAGAUUUCAGGCACCAAGAACUCUGCAUGAGAGUGGUAUUAUUCCGCUCUCAGAACAAGCCAAUUCUUCUGCUUUCAUACCCUCCUUCCACCCUGGCCGAUGAGAUCACUAAGUGACUCACCCACCCGACGUCAGUCUGGUGGCUGUCCUGCACGGGGAGCUAUGAAGCACCCAGUGCAGUCUUAUUCUGGGUCUCACUUGAGCCUGGUGACCUUUCCAUCAUCUCCCUGAUGCCUGUUGCUCUGGGCCUCCAGUGCCUGCCCCCACAGAGAUGGCAACUCAGUUGGAUUAAUAGCGUAGGUCUGGAUACUUCCCUGGUGAUCCAGUGGCUAAGACUCCAUGCUCCCAGUGCAGGGGGUCCAGGGUUGAUCCCUGGUCAGGGAACUUAGAUCCCACAUGCUGCAACUAACGGUUUGCAAGCCGCAACUAAAGAUCUGGCAUCCUUCAAUGAAGAUCAAAGAUCUCAUGUGUGGCAACUAAGAUCUGGUGCAACCAAAUAAUUCAAUAAAAUAAAAAUAAAUAUUUUUAAAAAACAGCAGAGGUCGAGACUCCUGACCUCUGUUUGUAAUUGG